AUGGAUCGAUUUCCUAAAUUUGACAUGGUAGUGGAAGCCUCAGUUUUGCUCAAGAUGUGGUACAACGACCUCACUGUGGUUCACAAAAGGGUCCUCAACAAAUAUAUAGGAGCCCUAACAGAACUCAUCAAUAUGGUUGGGUGGCCUGAACUGAUUGAAGUCCUUACAGGCUAUUGGGACAACGAGAAAAUGGUGUUCCGAUUUGGAACCAUGGAAAUCACCCCGACAAUUGAAGAGAUUCGGGACGGAAUAGACACAGUCGGUACAGGGCUUGAAAGAAGAGUGAGAAAGCAGGAAAACAUCUUAAUCCCCAACAAGCCUGCUUUCGAGGAUAUUGUGAAUUGGCUUGGAUUAAGAAAAGAAUAUGCCUACUGGGCAGAGGGUUCUAGCGUUUCUUUUACGGAUCUCUAUGUCAGAUUCGGGAAUGCAAGCUUCUAUGCGAAUUACAACCAAGAGUUCAGGGUCACUUUCAGAGAAUGGGACGGGAUCAGACCUUUGGCAUUCACCGUCGUACUAUUGGGCACCAUGGUUUUCCCACACGGCCCGAGCCUCAGUAUCAACACCCGAGUAAUAAUGCUUGCACACACUCUAUUCCACGGACAUCUGAACCAAGGGCAAGUAAAGUAUUAUCCUAUUGCACCUGUCAUCCUUUCCGACAUGUACUGUGCUUUGGGGAAAUGCAAGAAAGGGCAUCGUUACUUUCAGGGUUGCAACCUUCUUCUUCAAUGGUGGAUAAUGAGUCACUUGGUGAAGAGACAUGGAACUCAAGAACUCCAUACCCUCGAUGAACAUAAUGCUCUUAAGAGUUUGAAUGACAUGUUGUUCUGGGCAGACUUGGAAAAAAGAAGAACUAGAGAAAGAUGGGCUCAAAUUUUCUCUGAGUUGAGAGAAGAAAACAUCCAAUGGAUGUUCGAUCGUUUCAUCUCGAAAGAUGUCAUAGUACGGGGCGACAGACAACUUGUGCUUCCUCUGCCAGGUAUUCGAGGUAUUCGCCCGUAUGCACCCAUUCGGGUCUUGAGACAGUUUGGAAGAAGACAAACUACACCUCCAGAAGCAUACUACCGUAUCUAUGUGUUCGACAUCGGGGAUGAUAGAGUGCCUGAGGCUUCAGAGAUGCUGAGAGAAUGGAAAAGAGCAGUGCGAAUGAACAAGGACACUAUUGCCAUAGAUCGAUUUAAUGCAGGGUAUGAUGAAACUUACAAAGCUUGGUUGAAGCGCAAUAUACAGGGUAUCUCCUUCUCAGUUCCGAACAUUUACCGCAGUGUAGAGGACAAAGAGUCCAAAGCUUUGAUAGAACUAAGAGAGGUAAGAAGAGAAGCCCAGGAAAUGCACGAGGAAUUUCUCCGAAAGCAAGAAGAGGAUAAGUACGCCCUCGAGAGCGUAACUCAAGAAUUAGAAAGCUUGAGAAGCGAUUUGGGAGAGCUCAACUUGUGGAUUGGAGAUAAGAAAAGCGGAAUGUGCCUCGAAGACUGGGAAGAGAAAGGUCGCCGGAGCGAAGGAUACUUGCUAAUGAUUCAAUAUAGGCUUCAACAUCUCAUGGCGCAGAACAAGAGGAGCAGAUCAGAGACGGAGCCGACGGGAACAUCUUAG